AAAUAUUAUAAUAGUAAGAAGCUGUCGAGAUUGUUACAAUUAAAUAGUUGCGCUCUUUACAUUUUCAUUUAGGUGUUAGGGAAUUUUUAUUUUUUUUAAGUUUCACGCAUUGGAUAGGGGAAAAGUGGCAGUCGCGGGAGUCACUCGUACUCAAACCACAAUUUCAGCUAUAAUGCAUGCUUUACAUAUAAAGUGUGAUUGUCCAGCGUCCGUUACAACUUACACUCAUAUAUUUUGAAAUUGAAAGAGUUCGUGGUUUAUACCGUUUAUGAGCAACUUGUACACACCCCACACAUGCCGAUACGGAAUAUAUUUUCUACUUAUCUGCAAAGAAAAAUUGUUGAUAGUGUAACAACGCAGCAUAACAAGCGAAUUAAAGCAUAAUAGUCAUUUGGUAGAGUAUAGUGAAAAAAAAAUUGACAUUGACUAGCGUACUCACUCGAAUUUCAUAGAGAUUAAAUAACUUGUGGUUUUCAUCAUGAUAAGAGGAAAUGGAAACAAUUUACCGUUAAAAUCUCUACGAGUUCAUACUGAUGUAGAGCUGCAGACGAAAACGUCCAAACAACUGAGAAUUACGAGAGUAAACGCCCCAGAGUUGAAAGAUUAUUCUCACACUUCAAAGGAUAAAGAAAAUAUACAUCAUCCGGCGAGUGAAUCAAAUAGUAAAAAUGAUCAAACGAAAAGUGCAACAACUGCAAUCCAUUUCCCAUCAAAUUCUCAAGUGUCUCCCCCACAAAAUGAACAUCAAAUGGCCGAGAAAUCUCGAGAAGAAAGCCAGCAAAAUGAAAAUAAAUCUCAGCCAACAGAGAAAUCAAAGAGUGAUGAGAGUAAAAAAUGGGUUUUGUCUGAUUUUGAAAUAGGUAAACCCCUAGGUAGAGGAAAAUUUGGUAACGUUUACUUAUCGAGAGAAAAAAAAUCGAAAUUUAUCGUCGCUAUGAAAGUACUUUUUAAAAAUCAAAUUGAAGAGGCUAAUGUGCAGCAUCAAGUACGAAGAGAAAUCGAAAUUCAAACACAUUUAAGACACCCUAAUAUUUUACGAAUGUAUGGCUACUUCCAUGACAAUAAACGAGUGUAUUUGAUUCUGGAGUAUGCGCCUAAAGGUGAACUCUAUAAAGCAUUGAAAUCCGCACCUAAUGGACGUUUCGAUGAAUCCAGAACAGCAGCCUACAUGUAUCAGUUAGCAGAUGCAUUAAAGUACUGCCAUAGUAAAAAAGUAAUCCACCGUGAUAUCAAGCCAGAAAAUUUGCUACUGGGUUUACGUGGUGAAUUGAAAAUCGCAGAUUUCGGUUGGUCCGUUCAUGCACCAUCAUCACGACGAGAUACUCUCUGCGGUACCCUCGAUUAUUUACCACCAGAAAUGGUUUCUGGACAGUCACAUGACCAUACUGUUGAUCUAUGGGGAGUUGGUGUAUUAUGCUAUGAAUGUUUAACUGGUAAGCCUCCAUUCAUGGCCGAACGCUAUGAUGAUACCUAUAAAAGGAUUAUGAGAGCUCAGUAUACAUUCCCCAGUUAUAUUAGCGCCGAUGCACGAGAUUUAAUUUCAAAGCUACUGGUCGUCAAUUCUGAAAACCGUUUAUCUCUGAACGGUAUAUUAAACCAUUCCUGGGUCCUAGCGAAUCGUGAGACUGAACCAAAGCAACCUUAACCGUUCAUUCGAAAAUCGACAUAAUUGUUAUUAAAUGUGAAUCAUCAUUUUAGGAAAUUUUGAUUAUGACUUAUUUAACUAUAAAUUUAUGGUUCAUAUUAUGCUAUUAUCAGUUUUAUAUUGUAUAUUCAUUUCUGAAUCUACAUUUCCAUUGGUUUACAUUUCUAAAUUAUGCAGUUGAAAAUCAAAAUCAAUAGCAAUAAUUUUUUUUUAAGUUAAAUAAUACCUCAUACUAAAAACCGAUACUAGGACAAUCAUUACUUUAAAUAUCCAUGACCAUAUGGAAAUCCUGACAAUUUAAUGAAAUAUUGAGCGAAUACGAUCUGUUUUUUUACAUUACUUAAUGUUCUCGUAAGUUUAUCACGAUAUGUAAUAUUAUUAGUCUCAUAUAUCUUAAUAAAAAACGCUAAACGGCAAA